GUGUGUGUGUGUGUGUGUGUGUGUGUUGGUAGUGGAGGCUUGUAUUCAGGGCCUGGGGACUGCCAACUAGAACUACUCGUGCAGUUAAAUUAUGGCAACUUCUCAGUUGCCACGCACUGUUAACCUACUUCCUUUCUUUAAUAUUGUUCUUUGUUCUUGGGGAAAUGCUCUAAGAAAAUAGGAAUUUCCCCUCACGAUGGUUCCUCUGGAAGUGUGUGUCAGUCUAAUUCCUAACUCUGCUCUGGGUACUACUACCCAUUUUCCUUGCUUGCCAACUGCCUGGGAUUAUGCUUAACUGCCUAAUGGGGGAUUCUAGACAGACGAGGAAACAGCCUUCAAGUGCUGUACCACAGCAUACUAAGUCAUUCCCUGUUGUGCAGUCUGGAAAUCAGGGAGCACUUCUGGCAAUGAAUGCUAAUGAGCUGCUAAAGAUGCCAAAGUGUGCUCGCACACAUGCGCUUUCUUUCCCCUCCCCCCUUCUUCCUUUCCCAAGCCCCCUCUUCUCCCUGUUUCCCCUCCUACUUUUUUUUUAUCCCCUCCCUCUGUGUCUCAGUUCUGCACUACACAGGCUGAAGCACAUUCCUGCGUUGCAAGGCUUUCUGUUAAGGAUUUAUGUGGUCUUUGUUUGGAUUUCACCAUGCAGAAUUACAGCUGUUCAGAGGAGACUCAUUACAACUCCUGCUGAAGCUCCUAGGCUCCCUUCUUCUGUCCCUUACCCCUAACCUUACUUGGCUUGAAGACAUUGUUCCCCGAGGUUGUCUAACUCCCCUGGUGCUAUGUGUAUGGUGAAUCUGGCACUAUGGCCACAUCUGGGACUGGCCAGACAACUGCUGUUGGCUUUCCCUAUUACAAGAAGAAUAUAAAGGGGAAUUGCACUGCAUGCAAUGCACCAAAGCAGCGGCAUCGGGAGCCUGGGGACUAAGGCUCCUCUGCAUUAUUACACACACACAAAGCUGACCGCGAUGACAGCAGCUGCUCCUUUGAACUGUUGGCAGCAGCCAAGCGGCAGCAUGAAGUGAGUGAUCUCUCCUGAGCUCAAGAUGAACUCCAGCUUGGAUGGUAAUCAGAGCAGCCACCCCUUUUGUCUCUUGGCAUUUGGCUACUUGGAAUCUGUCAGUUUUUGCCUUUUGGAAGUGCUUAUUAUUGUCUUUCUAACUGUACUGAUUAUUUCUGGGAACAUCAUUGUGAUUUUUGUAUUUCACUGUGCACCUUUGUUGAACCAUCACACCACAAGUUAUUUUAUCCAGACAAUGGCAUAUGCUGACCUCUUGGUCGGGGUGAGCUGCCUUGUACCCUCUUUAUCACUCCUUCACUACCCCCUUCCAAUACAGGAGUCCUUGACUUGCCAGAUAUUUGGUUUUGUAGUGUCAGUUCUGAAGAGUGUUUCCAUGGCCUCUUUGGCCUGCAUCAGCAUCGACAGAUACAUUGCCAUCACUAAGCCUUUAACCUAUAAUACCCUCGUUACGCCCUGUCGAUUGCGCCUUUGUAUUUUCCUGAUUUGGCUGUACUCCACCCUGGUCUUCCUGCCCUCCUUUUUCCACUGGGGCAAACCUGGCUAUCACGGAGAUGUGUUUCAGUGGUGCGCGGAAUCCUGGCACACUGACCCCUACUUCACCUUGUUCAUCGUGAUGACGUUAUAUGCCCCUGCAGCCCUCAUUGUCUGCUUCACGUAUUUCAACAUCUUCCGAAUCUGUCAACAGCACACAAAGGAAAUCAGCGAAAGGCAAGCCCGCUUCAGCAGCUCGAAUGGGGAGACUGGGGAAGCACAGGCCUGCCCUGAUAAACGUUAUGCCAUGGUCCUGUUCCGAAUCACUAGUGUGUUUUAUAUCCUCUGGUUGCCAUACAUCAUCUACUUCUUGUUGGAGAGUUCCACGGGCCACAGCAACCGCUUUGCAUCCUUCUUGACAACCUGGCUUGCUAUUAGUAAUAGUUUCUGCAACUGUAUCAUAUACAGUCUGUCCAACAGUGUAUUCCAACGAGGACUAAAGCGCCUCUCAGGGGCUGUAUGCACUUCUUGUGCAAGUCAGACCACAGCCAGGGACCCUUACACAGUUAGAAGCAAAGGCCCCCUUAACGGAUGUCAUGUCUGAAGGGGCUCCAGGCUCAGUCACUUGGAGCAUGUGUGUGGAGAGUGUAUUGUGGUUUAGCUUUCUCUUUUUGAAUAUCUGUAUUCCCAUUUCUCUAGAAGAUCUAGGGCAGAAUACUUGGACUCUAAGCAGCAGCAAGCAAAUGUUCUAUCCAAAUAUGAACUAGGUUUACAGAAAUGCUUUUCUAAACGUGAUUAUGAAUCAAGAAGGUGCAGAAUCAUGAAGAAAAAAUGCUUUGGGUUCCAAUAUUUGAAAUGUCAUGGAAAUGACUACAGUUCUCAGAUUUAAAAGGAAUAAAGCCAUAUCUAACACCUUUCUUUAGUUGGCAUGGCUGAACCUGGGUGUGAAACGCGUUAGCAUUCUAAAAAGUCAUCCUUUUCUUGUCGAUUUUCCGGAUUCUCCCUUGCUAUUUGGACUUCACAUGCAAUUGGUAACUUUCAAUAGGAAACACCAAAACAUACAAAUAAACGAACAGCAUUUUUAUUUUUGUUUUAUAUCUGUGCCAAAGUAUAAGUAUACCAUGAAUUUCAACAUUGUCAUAUAUCCAAAUGCUUUGUGUUGUGUUGUCUUGAGAGAAUUUUCAAUAGGGUAAGAAUGCGAACCCUUAAACAUUACUUUUAGAAUUUUGCAAUGAACCCUGAAGCACAGGUGCAAUCAAGUACAACAGUUUAUACAAAACCUAUGUUUUGUGCUGUGCUUCACAGAGCUCUAAAGAUACAUGUACAUAGAAUUGUGUUGCUGUGUUUUUGCCUUUGUGUUUCUAUACUGAGAAUAUUUGAAUUGUGAGUUAGUUUUCUCCUUUAGAACAAAAUAUAUUUAAAUAAGCUAAAAAAGCGAUAGGCUGUGCAUUUAAAUGGUGAAAAGUAGAUAAAAAUGAGAUUUUAACAUUACCUGUUGUUUUUAUUUUAAAACUUGUGAUUAGACCAGUAGGGUUAUGGUAUCAUAAGCAGUGGAGUGAGGAAACCAUACACCAUUGAUUAUAGGAAUAUAGUCCAGUGAUACUGUAAGUGUUCAUACGUGCAAAGCAUCGCAAAAAAUGUACAUAUGUGUGUGUCUAAAUAUAUAUGUGGAAGAGAGAUACACACUGUAAUAUAUUGAUUUUAAAAUAGGGAGUUGAGAUGUUUUCUUUGUGGCUAAGCAGAAUCAGCUAAUGUAGUAGUAACUAAUUCAUUUAGAAAAGGAUUUUUUCACAUACUGUUAAGGAAUCUACCAUGAAUGGUGGAGGAAUUCUUAAUUUAGUGAGUCUCUUAUUACUAUUCUCUUUCUGAAAACAAAAAAGUUUUGAUAUGCUUUUCCUUACUAGUUUGUUUUGUUUCCAAAGAACAAACAAAAUCUCUAGGAUUUUAUCAUUAUAUAGAAUUAUUAGUAGGAUAGUGUGUUUAUAUGUAGGAUUUUGUUUUUUAAAAGUGAUCAUCUUUAAGCAAGAAGUUUCUUUUUCAAAGGAGGGAGGGAAAUUUUGUGGCAGCUUUAGACAUUGAGUAUUCUCUAUUUUUCUUUUGGCUUUAAUUUUUAGAAAUCUUUGAGAGAAAUCUCUGCCUUUGGCUAGAUGUUACACAUGUGAUAUUCAGUGAGGUGGAAAUGGAAGACACCCAAGGGAGAUGGGUAAAAGUGGAUUUCUGAGUCCAAGAAAGGACAUGGAUAUUUAUAAAGCGGGCUGAUAUGCUUUGACUUUCCAUCCUGAUGUUAGAAUUCCCUCGUCCUCUUGUAAAUAAGAGCAGUGUCUUGUUUGGUUUGGUUUUUAUUUUUAACCCCUAAUAUGGAACUCAGGACCUUUCACAUCCUAGGCAGGUACUCUACCCACUGAGCU